AUACAAUCAGAAUUUUAAAUAAUUUAAAUUGAAUAUUUUUUUAUUAUAUUUUUUUUUAUCUUCUUAUCGUCGUUUCUUCAUUCUUCUUCGCCCCUCCCCCCCAUCUUCGCCGGAAAAAACCCAAUUUAUCUACCGGCGAGAAACCUUCAGCACAGUUACCUUUAAACCCUUACAAAUGGCAUCGUCAAUCCCCUACCUUCCAGUAACGCCACCACUCAAUUCACACACAAACACUUCAAUACACAACCCCCUCAUCUUCUUCCCGAAUCCCACAAAUUCGAUCUCGUUAAAAUCCAUCAAUCAAAACCCUCGUUUUUCUUCUUCCGUAAUUAGAAAAUCCUCUUCUAUCAGCGCCGGUGCUUCUGCGGCAUCCGCAUGCUCCACGUCGUACCCUUUUAUAGGUAAAGUCGGGUUGCAUAGAAGAGAAGGCAACUUCAUAUUACUAUCCUACGGCACGAACCCUAAUACUGGAUCCGUGAUGGCCGUAAAAGCUGAUAUUUCCCAAAUUCUCUCGGCGAUGCUUCCCUUUGUGGUGGCGCUCACCGCAAUUGCCGCGCUAACUCAACCGUUAACCUUCACCUGGGUGUCAAAGGAACUCUAUGCUCCUGCUCUUGGUGGAAUCAUGUUGUCAAUUGGCAUUAAGCUUUCAAUCGAAGAUUUCAAACUUGCGUUUAAGAGACCUUUACCAUUAUCUAUAGGGUUUCUUGCUCAAUACGUAUUGAAACCUGUUCUGGGCGUGUUCGUAGCAAGAUCUUUCGGGAUGUCUCCUGUGUUCUAUGCAGGAUUUGUCUUGAUGUCAUGUGUUGCAGGAGCUCAGUUGUCCAGCUAUGCUAGCUUUUUAAGCAAAGGGGAUGUGGCUUUAAGCAUUCUCUUAACAAGUUCAAGUACUAUCGCCUCUGUUCUUGUUACCCCUCUUUUAACUGGUCUUCUUAUCGGAUCAGUUGUCCCAGUGGACGCCAUUGCAAUGUCCAAAUCAAUCUUGCAGGUUGUUCUUCUUCCAGUUACACUUGGUUUAGUACUCAACACAUACGCAAAACCAGUUGUAUCUAUCGUUCAACCCGUGAUGCCAUUUGUUGCUAUGUUUUGUACCUCCAUUUGUAUUGGGAGCCCUCUGGCUAUUAACCAGAGCCAAAUUCUUUCUGCAGAAGGUCUCAAGUUGAUUUGGCCUGUUUUGACAUUUCACACUGCUGCAUUUACCUUCGGUUAUUGGAUUUCCAAACUUCCCUUUUGUAGGCAAGAGGAAGAUGUAAGCAGAACGAUAUCACUUUGCACGGGAAUGCAAAGCUCCACGCUGGCGGGGCUUCUUGCGACGCAAUUCUUGGGGAGCACCCAAGCGGUCCCGCCAGCGUGUUCGGUUGUUGCAAUGGCAAUAAUGGGACUCUGUCUGGCGUCCUUUUGGGGAAGUGGUUAUCGAAUCAGAGACUUACCGAAUUAUCUCAUCCCACAAAAUGAUUCCCCAUGAAUGAUUAAAUGUGAUUUUUAAAUUUGAGUAUUUUUUUGGUGCGAAGAGCUAAACACGGGGAGGAUGGUCCCCCUUAUAUGGUCUAGAUAGUAAUUACAUGAUAGAAAUUAGUUCAAGAUAUGACACAUUUAUAAGUAAAUGUUGCCAAGGAUGUGACACGUUUUAUUUAACUGUAGCUGUGUAUAAUAAUAAUAAUAGUAAUGUCUUAUGAAAAUAGUUCAAGAUUUAUUAUAUUUUACUUUCCUAGUUAUUGUA